CUUCAUAAGGUUUAAACACCUAACAUCUAUCACAUGGCUAUCUACAAACUGCCCAGGUAACUGCCAUAGCUGGGCAUACAACAUCUUCCAGCAUACCUACAGAAACUCACGGAUACAAUCAACAUGGAUUUCAUCUUUCAUGAGAAACAAGAAGGUUUCCUGUGUGCUCAGCACUGUUUGAACAAUCUACUGCAAGGAGAAUAUUUUAGCCCUGUGGAAUUAGCCUCAAUUGCACAUCAGCUAGAUGAAGAAGAGAGGAUGAGAAUGGCAGAAGGAGGAGUCACCAGUGAAGAGUAUCUCGCAUUUUUACAGCAGCCUUCAGAAAACAUGGAUGAUACCGGUUUCUUCUCCAUUCAGUGGUUUAACUUGAAUUCUCUCUUGGCGGGUCCAGAAUUAAUAUCAGAUACAUGCCUUGCAAAUUUCUUGGCUCGAUUACAACAACAAGCGUAUUCUGUAUUUGUUAUCAAGGGUGAUCUGCCAGACUGUGAAGCUGACCAACUCCUGCAGAUCAUCAGUGUCGAAGAGAUGGAUACACCAAAACUUAAUGGAAAAAAAUUACUAAAAGAAAAAGAGCAUAGAGUCUAUAAAACAUUCCUUGAAAAAGUGUUAGAAGAAAGUGAUGAGUCUGGAACAUCAGACCAAGAUGAGGAUUUUCAGAGGGCCCUUGAACUAAGUCGCCAAGAGGCCAAUAGAGAAGAUGAAGAUCUCUGCAGGGCUACUGAGCUAAACAUGCAAGGUAGUUCCAGAAACACAUCACAAGACCUUCCAAAGACAUCAUGUGUAACUCCUGCUUCAGAACAGCCGAAGAAAAUAAAAGAAGACUAUUUUGAAAAGCAUCAGCAGGAACAGAAGCAGCAGCAACAACAGUCAGAUCUGCCAGGUCACAGUUCAUAUCUACACGAAAGGCCAACAACAAGUUCGAGAGCAAUUGAGAGUGAUCUCAGUGAUGACAUCAAUGAAGACACGGUACAGGCCACUGUCGACACCGUUUUAGAAAUUAUGAGAAAGAAUUUGAAAAUCAAAGGAGAAAAAUAAUGCCUUUAAAAAUAAUUUAGAUAGUCGUACUUUCCAACAUUAUCCUGUGUGAUUAUACUGUAGGAUCCAUUUUGGUCAUCUGUCAAAGAGAUGAGGAAAUCAGGCUUUUAGACAGUUUGCAAACAAAAUGAUGAGAGAGAUGUGGGACUAAAUAAUGAUCGUUCAA